GAUACAUUGAUAUGUACGUGUUGAUUUUAAAAAAGGAAGAAAAAAAACAUCCAUACCAUAGAUAGAAGUAGUGAUGGCAACUUGAAACUGAAACUUCAAAACGUGUUCCGAAUCGGUGACGUAUAUUUUCAGUGAACCACUGCUUCGGAAGCGCUCUCUCUGGACCUAUCGGGAACUUGCCGUUCUUUUGCGUUCACUCUUUCUCCCAACCAAACGAGGCCCUUCAAAGUAUUCCCAUCGGCUGUGACAAAAUAAUCCUGACCGAAGGGGUACGCAAUCAAAAACAACAAGCUAAAGAGCAGAGACGUGGAAGAUGAGGUGAGGAAAUCCAGGCCACGAAGAGCAACUGUAAAACUGUAAAAAGAAAAUGAGGUAUCCCGCAGACGUCACUAUUAAAGAGCUUCACCCUCAGAAGCGCGAUCCCCUCCACGUCAAACAGGAGGAGUCGGAGAUGCCGUACAUUAAACAGGAGAAGCCAGAGACCCCCAGCAUUAAAAAAGAAGAACAGGAAGAUCAAAUCACAAAGUGUCCAAUAACUGUCUGUGUGAAGAGUGAAGAAGAUGAAGGUCCAAGCGAAAAGAGUGGAGCAGCGAACCCUUUGAGCGACAGCUCAUUUCAACACCCGACAACAGAAGAAGAGGGACAAUCGCAACCUGACGGUUUGAUAGCGCCGCUCUCAGACAGUGACGACGUAACUUCACACUCUUCUGAUUUUAACACUGAUGAGGAGGAUAAAGACUUUGACCAAAAUGUUUCAAAACCCUUAAACAAGUCCUCAUUGAAAAGAGGCACAAAAGUGGUUGGGAAACCUUUUACCUGCUCACUUUGUGAUAAAACAUAUUCUCAGAAAAAUCACUUACAAAGACACAUGUACACACACACCGGGGAGAAGCCUUUCGCCUGCUCAUUUUGCGAUAAAAGAUUCGCUGAGAAGUCACAUUUAAACAGACACACAGUGGCCCACACUGGAGAAAAGCCUUUUCCCUGCUCAGUUUGUGAUAAAACAUAUUCUGAGAAAAAUCACUUACAAAGACACAUGUAUUCACACACCGGGGAGAAGCCUUUUCUCUGCGCAAGUUGUGGUAAAAGAUUCAUCGAGAAAAGAGAUUUAAACAAUCACACAAGAACACACACGGGAGAGAAGCCUUUUCCCUGCUCAGUUUGCAAUAAAAGAUUCUCUCAGAAAGUACUACUAAACUCUCACUUUAAAAUACACACUGGAGAAAGGCAUUUUGCGUGCUCCGUUUGUGAUAAAAGAUACUUCAGAAAGUCACAUUUAAUCAGUCACACAAGGACACACACUGGAGAGAAGCCUUUUCAAUGCACAUCUUGUGGUAAACAAUUCACUCAUAAGGGAUGUUUAAACAAACACACAAAGAAACACACUGGAGCGAAGCCUUUUGUCUGCACAUCUUGUGGUAAAGGAUUCACCGAGAAGGGACAUUUAAACAGACACACACUCACACACACUGGAGAAAAGCCUUUUGUCUGCACAAGUUGUGGUAAAAGAUACCUCGAUAAAAGAGAUUUAAGCAAUCACAUGCGUACACACACUGGAGAGAAGCCUUUUGCCUGCUCUCGUUGCUAUAAAAGAUUUUGUACAAAGCAAAAGUUAACAAAACACAUGCGUACGCACACCGGGUGAAAAGGCUUUUCUCUGCACACUUUGUGGUAAAAGAUUUACCCGGAAGGAACAUUAAACAAUCACUCAAAAAGACACGCUUAAUUUACUUACGUCUUACUGCUUUUCACAAUUUAACUUCUGAUUGUCAACAAUACUUAGAUGUUUCCCUUCUUUUUUGUUGUUGUUGUUUGUCCAAUUUCCAACCUUUUAUCUGAGUAGUUUCAGGGUAGAUUUUUUUAUUUGUCUUGUGCAUUGUAAUCAUUUGAAAUCUGCUUCAUUGUAGAAGGACUGGAACUUUUUAUUUUUUUACUUGUAAACUGUUUUUAGCGCUCUGUUCUGUAAAUAUGGGUUGUAUAUACUUGGCAUGUGCCGAUUACCGGUUUGAAGGUAUACCUUGGUAGGAAAAAUGUCAAGGUUUCAAAACUGCAAAAAAAUUCCGUCAUACAGUCCCCAAUGUAUUAGCUAUUUUUUAUAUUCCAAAAAUACAUAGAGAAAUCCCUUGCUUGCAGCUGUAAGGCUCAACCCUCCGCCACCGGUUGUUGCUCAGUGUCAGUGAGUCACCUAUGCUACACAAUGGCUGGAGGAGGUGAAACUCUUGAACUUUUUCCCCUCCAUCGAAAAAAACUAAAUUGCUGCUAUGGCAAUACUUUGUCUACAGAGUAACUUUUCUGUAGCCAAAAAUGCCCGUGAGGCCCGACAGACAUUUCAAACAUGUUUUCGGAGGGCGACUGCCAAGGAGGCAACACCUCCAAUAUGAUUUCGCAUUUAUACAAAAUUAAAAGUUAAUAAACACGGUCAUGAAUGUUUCUCUCCAGCUACAAGAGUUAACUCUAGCAUGUUUAGUGUGUCUAGCAGUGGUAAAACAAGGGUUUCCCCUACAUAUAAAACAUUGUGGCACACCACCACACCAAAAUAAAUAACACCACAACUUGCAAAAGAGAUUUUUUUUUUUUUUCAAGGAUGUUUCAAACUAGCAGCACCCUAGUGUGAAGGGUUCAGCAGCAACCUAUGCAUUGUGUAUUCUCAUGUCCGUAACUAAGCGUGAUCCCCUUAAGAGUCAAGCUGUGACGUAGAAGGAAGCGAGGUGGAGAACGGGCGAGAUAGCGGUUGCAUGUCGCGACAGCCCGUUGUUAUUUUGUUUUUGUUUUUCUUUGUUAUUGUUGCCAAAACAAAGUGGGAAAACCAAUACUGACCCCCCCCCCAAUCCGGUGCAUUACAGUAUUUUGGAUGGGACUUUUCGGCGAAAGUGAGCGGUGGACGUCUGUCUUGGACAGACUUAUUAAUGUGUUUUGUGUCACUGAUCUGAGCGAUGUGGAGGGAAAAAUUGCAUUGUGAACUAUGGUCAUUAUGUGGGAUGGGGAACAUUGAAAGAUUUUUUUGAUAUACAUGAUUAUUGGCACAGUUUUUGGAUUAAGUUGAUUUUUUUUUUGCUUACAACUUCAUCACAUUUAGAAAAAAAACUCGCUCACAGGGAACAGAUGAUGCUGGUGUGCAUAAAAAAUGUUUUGCUAAAUAGAAUAAAUGAGGGUACACAUUCUGAUGGUAAAUGAGUGGGUUUUCGCCAUUCCCAGUGGUGGAUCAGCUGCUCUUCCUUUGUUGCAUCUGCUGAGGCAUUCCUUGACCUCCUGGUAUCAGAUGCAUCUCUGUCCAGAGUAUCGAGACUGAACUUUAAUUUUGCCAGCAACGUUAAUGUUAUGUAAAUCUAGGGCAGAGGUCGGCAACCCAAAAUGUUGAAAGAGCCAAAUUGGACAAAAAAAUAUAUAGUCUGGAGCCGCAAAAAAUUAAAAGCCUUAAAUAAGCCUCAUAAUGAAGGCAACACAUGCUUUGUAUCUGUAUUAGCUAUAUUAGCCUACUAUCAAAAUGACUAAGUCGGCUAAAAAUACAUAAUGAGCCUUCAUGAUUUAAUGUUUAUUUUUUCCUGAAGUGCAUCCAACGCACCACGUUACCACUCUGUUGUAUGAUGCCACCUCAAGUUUAACUUUAUAACAAU